CGCGGAGCCGGAGCGAGGCGGAGCCGGCCGCGCAGCCGUGCGAGCCGAGCCGAGCCGAACCGAACCGCGCCGCGCGUCGCCCACCGCCGCCGAGCAGCCGCCCGCGCCGGGAACAAAGGCCCCGCCGCCGCCGCCGUCGCCAUGAAGCCGGGGCCGCCGCACCGCGCCGGGGCCGCCCACGGGGCUGGAGCCGGAGCCGGGACCGCGGCCGCGCCUGGGGCCCGCGGGCUGCUGCUGCCGCCGCUGCUGCUGCUGCUGCUGGCCGGGCGCGCCGCGGGGGCUCAGCGCUGGCGCAGUGAGAACUUUGAGCGGCCUGUGGACCUUGAGGGCUCCGGGGACGAUGACUCCUUUCCUGAGGAUGAACUGGAUGACCUCUACUCGGGGUCCGGCUCCGGCUACUUUGAGGAGUCGGGCAUUGAGACGGCCAUGCGGUUCAGCCCUGAAGUAGCCCUGGCCGUGUCCACCACACCUGCAGUGCUGCCCACCGCGGACAUCCGGCCUGUAGGCACCCCCUUCGGAGAGCUCCCCUCUGAGCAUCCCACCCCAGAGCCUGUCACCAGUCCCCCGGUGGUGACAGAAAUCCCAGAAGAGCCCAGCCAGAGAGCCACCACUGUCUCCACCACCAUGGCAACCACCACUGCCACCACAGGGGCCCCGACUGUGGCCAUGGCACCCACCAUUGUGGCCACUGCUGCCCCCAGCACCCCUGCGGAACCCCCUUCCACAGCUACCACUGCUGUCGUAAGGACCACUGGUACACGGAGGCUUCUGCCUCUUCCACUGACCACGGCCGCCACGGCCCAGGCCACCACUCCUGUGGCCCCCUCAGCCCCUACCACAGUGGCUGUACUGGACACGGAAGCCCCAACACCCAGGCCGGUCAGCACGGCUACCUCCCAGCCGAGGACCCUUCCCAGACCAGCUACUACCCAGGAGCCCGAUGUCCCUGAGAAGAGCACCUUGCCCCUGGGGACCACGGCCCCUGGACCCACAGAGGUGGCUCAGACCCCAACUCCAGAGUCCCUCCUGACCACAGUCCGGGAUGAGCCGGAGGUGCCAGUGAGUGGGGGACCCAGUGGGGACUUUGAGCUGCCAGAGGAAGAGACCACACAACCAGACACCGCCAAUGAAGUGGUGGCUGUGGGAGGGGCUGCAGCCAAGCCGUCACCUCCACCUGGAACACUGCCCAAAGGCGCCCAGCCAGGGCCUGGCCUCCUGGACAAUGCCAUCGACUCUGGCAGCUCAGCUGCCCAGCUGCCCCAGAAGAGCAUCCUGGAGCGGAAGGAGGUGCUUGUAGCUGUGAUUGUGGGCGGGGUGGUGGGCGCACUCUUCGCCGCCUUCCUGGUCACGCUGCUGGUCUACCGCAUGAAGAAGAAGGAUGAAGGCAGCUACACGUUGGAGGAGCCCAAGCAGGCGAGUGUCACAUACCAGAAGCCUGACAAGCAGGAGGAGUUCUACGCCUAGCGGAGCCUCAGUGCCUCCCUGCAACCUCGGCCGCCCUCAUCCAGUCCCGGCCCAGCCUCACUGGCCCAGCUGUGGGACUGGGCCUGGCCUGGUUCUUCUCUGCCCUCCUCCUCUGGCCUGCCCAGGCUCCAGCCUCACGCAUUGCCCUGUGAGGAAUGGGGAUGCUACCAUUUGCCCUAGUCUGUGCCCUUAGGAGCUCAUCUCCUAUCUCCCACCAGCCUGGGGCUUUGGGACCUUACAUCAGUGGACUGGAGGAAGGAAGCUUCUGAUUGGCUGGUGGGAGAAAGGGAAGAGAUAGACCCUGAGAUGGGCUGAGCCUCUGCGAAAUCCCAAAGGGCUGGCUCAGUCUCCUUCCUGGGUCAGAGAGGCCCACAGGCUGGCUUCCAGGACCAACACGUGGCAAACUCAGCCCUUGAAAUCAUCUAGACGACAAAGCCUCAUUCCUGUUGCAGGGCCUCUCUUUGCCUGGCUGAGGGAGUGUUAUUUGUCACCAGCCUGUUUUGUCCUGGCCUCCUGGGGGUUCUGGGACCAUUCUCCCCUCUCUGCCCAGUGCAUAUGUGCCCUAGGUUUCCUUCUCCCUACCCCGAGGACAUGGCUUCCUGAGAGUGCAGAAGCAGCCCCCAGUGAGGACAGCUACCUGACAUACCUCCUGUGAGCAUAUUCUACUCUGACACUACCACCCAGUCUGUUAUAUAUAUUGUUACUUGGUCACAUAGAAGACAGAAUAGAGCAGUGACAAAAGCAUAUCCAGUGCUGACCGCUUCGCCCAGCCAGACACCUUACAGACACGUUUUCCAAAGAUAUGUGUCUUCAUGUACUGCUUAACCCACUCUCCAGACACCUCUGCUAUACCAGUCACUACUUACGGUCACCUGGAUGGUGACAGUGUGGUCUGCCUCUCUGUCCCUCCACCCCCCACACUGCCACCACACACAUCAUAUCGAGCUCUUUUAGGCUCAUCGGAGAAGGCAGAGUUCUAUUGGAACAGUCAGCCCAUAUUGGGUCUCAGUUGCCCUGUUAACACUCGGUCCCACAUCAAGGUGCCCACACCAGCCACAUUGUCACCCAUCCCGGCCUUGGUCAGACACGGCCCCAGGUGGAUGCAUAGUCCACACAACCCUGCACUCAUUGGGGAAGAAAGGGGGGGCAUUUGCCUUUCCUGAAGUAUAGUGUGGUGCAAGUGGACAUUGCUACCAGCCCACCCAGGGCUUUGCACACCUGAGGGCCUGGCCUCACCCCUGAUUGCUUCCCUUCCCUCCGUGCCCACAAAGGGAGAUGUUCAGGGCCAGCCCCACCUGCUGAGAGCCCUGGGACUUUCACCAAGGCUGGAGAAGGACAGGGUUGCACCCUAAAAUUUGGCCCUGGGCUGUGGAGGGUGCUUGGGUUUCCCUGGACCAAAGGCCCUGGGUGGGGAUGGGGUGAGUGGUCUGGCUCUUGGCUCCUACAUCUUUUUCCUGCUCUGAGUUAGGGGGCUGAUCCUGCCUCCCAGGACACAAGUUUCCAAAGUGCCUGUGAGGGCUGGCCCUCCGCCCGGGCCCUCUGCAUCCCCUGCCCCCUAGACCCCCAGGCCUCCCUGUGGAUGCCUGCCCACCCCUUUGACCAAACAAGUCUGCAGUUCUGGCUGCUGCUGCUGCAUGGGCCCACAGCUGGAAGCAGCCCAUCCAGAUGACCCAGGCCUCAAGGCAGGUAUUUGAGGGACUAGAACAGGUGACAGCAAGGGGAGCUGUGUCACAGGCCCCAGGCCUGCCUUCCCCUGCUUUGUUACCCGUGAAAGUGGGGCCAUUUUAUAGGUAUUUUAAGUGAGGGAUCACCAGUCCCCUUUGGGGUAGGUGGCAGGGGCUCUGGGAGCCCGGGGACGUGGUGGUGUGAAUUGUAACUAGUUGGCCCUCCCAUGCCCACCUGUCACCCAUAGCCCAGAUCCAAGUCAGGAGCCCACCCCAGUUUUAUUUCUGUUCCCUUUUGAAGAUUCCCUGGCAGUGGACCUCUGCAGGGGAGGGGUGGGGUGCUGAGGCAGCAAGGGCCAGGCUCCAGGGGUCCUUUCAGACCUUGAAGCCCUCCUCAGCAGGGCCCAGAGUUGUGUGAGGAAACCAGCUAGCUGGAGCCUUUGAGAGACCGAGAGGGGAGGAGGCCUGGGCCUCCGUGGGCCCUGCAGCAGAAGCUCCGGCCUCCCCGGCCUCCCUCUCCACUGAUCCCUGGUGGGCUGCUGUCUCAGGGGUGGCAGCCCUGGUGAGAAGGCCUGGGCAGGCCAAGGCUGAGAACCUAGGAAGUGUGAAGGAGGCAGUGCUGGGCACCCAGGCCUCAGGGACACUGGUACUGGGACAGGGUCCAGCAGUAGACACAACUUCUGUGUUGUCUAGCCAACGUGGGGUGGCUUUGGCUGGCCUGACUUCUCAUAGCUCAAGUGCUGGCUUUGGACUUGGGGCCUCCUGGCACCAGCACCCCUUCUGUGACCUUAGUCCUUAAGAGAGGCUGAGGGCCUUGUGCAUGGAGCCCUGGACCCAUGGUCAAGGUCCAGGCUUUAUCUUCAUGAAGUUUAAUGUGGUCUGCCCAGGCCAGGUCUUCAGGCCAGUCUUUGGGCAGGGCGGGGAGCAGGGCAAUCAAAGAGCUCAGCCAUGGGUGAGCUGGAGCUCUACAGUGCAAUGGGGGUGCGGAGGCCUCUCCCUACCCCAGGUAUGGUGUGAAAUGUGCAGGGCCAGCCAGGCAGGCCUGCAGACACCCCAGUGCUCCCGGGAGGGUGUCCUGCAGGCCCUGGCAUUUCCUGGGAGCACAGCACAUUCCAAAUGAGAGGGAGCUUGUGUGGUUUGAGAACUCUCCUGGGCUUUGCUGGAGCCCACUGGAGGACAAGGCAGGCUGAGCUGAACUGGGGGCGGGACUGAUCCCUGGCUGUGCUUACCAGAGCCCAAGUUCGGUCUCUCCAGGUGGCCAGAGCCGAUGGGACUUCACCUGAAAGGCUGGUCCCCUUGAUCACUGGAAGAAUGUGGGUAGCAAAUGGGGCAGGGAGGCCUGUGUGGCAGAGGCCUAGGGCACUCAGGCCAGGCCCUUGUGGUUGGCAAAGCCAGCCAUCGGGCCAGACUGGGAGCAGAGCCAACUUGGCCUCCCAGGCCGGAGUGGCCUUCUCGGCUCUCCUGGCUUCCUCUGUCAGCCACAACCUUGGACUUGCCUCCCCAUGCCUCCAGUCUGUAAAUAGAAGCCCACAAACUGUACAGAGUUAGAGAGGCCAAGACUGGGCCCGGGAGUCACCAUCGACGGGCUGAAGGCCCCCCAUCCCCCAGGUGCCUGCCUGGCCCCAGCGUGACGAAUGCAUGUAAAUAUUUCUCGUAGGCAGCGUGGCUCCAGAGAGCCCCCUAAAGACAGUGUUCCCCUCUGGUGAGUCCUUUCCUCUGUACAGAGCCCUCCCGGCCCGGCCGGCGGUGGGUAGGAGUUCAUCCUUCCCUCCCGCCUGCCUUCCCUUUCUCCCCCGCCCACGACCUCUUUAUUAACCGUCCCUGUCCUGAGUUCAUGGCCAAAACUCAAUAAGGAGAAGUGGAGGAAAGAUGGUGGACAAGGGGACCAAGGCACUGGCCCACUGUGGGUGUGUGCCUGGCCCAGCCUGGGGAAGGAACUGGUUUUGUUUUGUUUUUUGUUUGAUUUUUGUUUUUAACAUUUCCCGUGCUGUGCCCAUUUAUAAGAGGAAAUAAAAUUAAGCUGAAACGAUG